AUGGGUUCCCCGUCGGAAGACUCCUUCACCGAUAUUUACCGAAGAUUUUUUUCACCCGAAGAAGAUGCGGAGGAGGAAGAAGCGGUUACGAGUGCAUGUACUUUUAUGAUACAAGCACUUGAGCACGUUCGGCCUAGUCCCCCUCCACGACCCAUCUUGCGGCGCACCUAUAUCUUGCGAGAUCGUGAAGCCGCGAACGAGCGUUUGAUGGAAGACUAUUUUGAUGCGACGCCGGUUCACGGACCCAAUGUUUUUAGACGGCGUUUUCGAAUGAGCCAAAGGUUAUUUUUGCGCAUUAAUAAUGAUUUGGAAAAUAAGUAUGAUUUCUUUAAGCAAAGAAUGGACGCGCGAGAAUAUUUAGACUUCACCUCAAUUCAAAAGGUCACAUCCGCCUUACGCAUAUUAUCAUACGGAAACACGUACGACAUCAACGACGAGUACUUGAAGAUGGCGGAGAAAACAACCCGAGAUUGCUUGGAACAUUUUUACUAUGAGGCUUCACCAUUAUUAGAGAGCUACAUUUCUGGAACUAUACGAAAGGCCGAUUUUCAUGCGAACGGGAACGACUACGAGCAUGGCUACUAUUUGGGCCAUGGUAUAUACCCGGAGUAUUCGAUUAUUGUUAAAACGUUUUCUGAAACAAAUCCUUAUCGCAUGUGGCAUAAAGAUAGAAUACGAAUGACCAUGUAUGCUUGCAUCAUUUUGCAUAAUAUGAUCAUUGAGGAAGAUGGAAGAACGAUAUGCCAAAACUAUAUUCCCGAACAUUUGGUCGAAGGAACCCAAGCAACAAUGGAAGAGAGACUCGCAGAUGCUCAACUAUUGCGAUCUAAGGAAAUACAUAACACGUUGAAGGCGGAUUUGGUUGAGCAUGCUUGGGCGAUUCGCCCAAUUCGAUACAAGAGUGACGACGAAGAAGAUUCCGAGGAAGAAGAGGUUGAGGAAUCCGAAGACGGGAACUUUGAAGACGUAGGUUUGGAUGCUGGAGAAAACGAAGAGGAAGAAUGA